AUGAUUCCAAUUGGAUUAGCACGUUUUCUUAGAAAAAAAUAUUUUCAAUAUGAAGUAGCAUUUGCAUUAAAUAUGUUAACAACCACGGAAAAAAUGAUUGUCAACCUUAUUUUCAUAAGUAUCACUGUAUUAGUUCUUAUAAGUAUCUAUGUAUAUUUUCCGGAACAUUUACGACAACUUACUGCUAAGGCUGCUUAUUAUUGGUAUGGAUAA